AGACUUUGCUCAAUCAUAAAUUUCAAAAUGAGAUUUUCGACAUAAAACCACAAUGUUGAAACACCUUGUGUUUUAAGAUGUUUGUUUUCUGAUAUUUUUGUUACGAUGCUUUUUUAUGUUGUAACGCAACUCUUUUGUAAUACUAAUGUACUAUUUGCAUGAAUACAGUUUAAAGCAGAACUGAUUAGUUUCUGGCACCAUUCAGCCAUCAUGCUCCCAUAUCUGUUGCUCCUUACAGUCAUAUUGUCUGGUCAGGCUCAGAAAUUUCCAGGUCAACAGGACAACGAUGCUUGUGUGUGUGAAUUAAGCAGUUCUAUCUGGGCUUUCCCUGCCAAACGGUUCGAGGAAAUCGAAAAACAGGUCAAUAUCUGCGAUGACAACCUGAAAGACUUCAAGGAGAAGAUAAAGAACAACAUUGUAGAGCUGCCAAAGAUGGAAGCCACUCUUAAGAACAUCGUAGAACGUUUGAAACCCUUUGAGUAUCUCAACACCAAUGGCCUGUACAACGCUCUUCACCUGCGGCAGCUGAGCCAGGAAAUCGAAGCGAUCCAUCAGACCGCCAGUGAAGCACACCAGAAUAACCCCAACAAAGAGACGCUUAAACUUCUGAAUGAGUUGACUAAAGCAAAGAACGACAUCCAGAGUAUGAAUAAGGACAAUUUCUUCAAUCUCGAGACGAUGAAAACAAGGUUACGUGACCUCAACAACAGAGCACAAACCUGCAAAACCAUACCAGAUGAUUUUAGAAGCUCUUGUCAUCAGCGUAUCAUGACCAACAUAAGCUCUCCAAUUGUCACCAAGCUUAAUUCCGUCAGUAAGUCAUAUAUCUCUGGUGCUUGGGGGCGAGAUGCUAAAUUAAACAGCAAGCAGCUCUACUGGGAGCAUUGUCUAGUCAGUGGACACAAGCAUGGCAACACAAUCCGAAUUUACAAAUCAUAUGAAGAUUUCAUGGGCAACAAAAACUACAAAGACGAACCGAUUGCAGCAUCUUACAGCGACAAGAACGCCGUCCAGGGCUCUGGCACUAUACUGUACGACAACACUGUGUUUUACCAAUGCUACAGCAAAGCUGAGAUUUGCAGCUUCAAUAUUACAACAAAGACGACCAAGCGUAUAAAUCUCGAUGGUGCUGGCAUCGAUAAUAAGUUUCCGUUCUGCUACUACAGCUGUCGUGAUUGGACAGACAUCGAUCUGGAAGCAGAUCAAGACGCUGUGUGGGUGAUAUACGCCACAGACGAGAACCACGGCAACAUUGUGUUGAGUCGCUUGGACCCGGUGGAGCUCAACAUCACACAUACCUGGAAGACACAUCUGUUUAAGAGGUCUGUCACGAGCACUUUUAUGGUGUGCGGGGUCUUGUAUGCCACACGCUAUGUUAAUACUUACCAAGAGGAGGUAUUUUAUGCCUUCGACACACUCACUGGUCAGGAGAUCAACACUCUUUCUGUGCCUUUUGAGAAAGUCGCAGAGGGAAUAGCCAACCUGAACUACAACCCUGCCGACCAGAAACUAUACCUGUAUAAUGAUGCCUAUCUGUUAGCAUUUGAUGUCUUCUUCUAAAACAUUGUCCGACAACUUUUUUAUUGUUUAAAGUAAAAUUACACAUCAUGGAUUUGUUUUGUAGGGUGACUGGAAUUUGAUUUGUAGUCUUCCACACAGUCUGCAAUAACAAGUACAGUUUUUAUUAUUAUGUGACUUUUAGCAUUUUUCAGGUGACAAAAUUAAUUGUUUGAUCAAUGAAUUAAAUAAAUGUGUUUCGUUGGUAUUUUAUUAUUUUAUGGAACCUGAAUAAAAACAUGGAUUGAAUGCACUGAGACGUCUGCCUAUUUAUAUGCAUGCAUGAAUAUCAAAUGUGUGUACAGACCCAAACAUUUAUAUAAAACCUGUACUAUUUUGUUAAUAAAUUGUAAUAAAACGUGUAAAAGGUUGUCCAGUUUCUGCUCGUGCUUUUUACAACCGGAGGCUCGUGAUUUUUACGCAUCGACACCGUCAGUGAUGUAGUACGUUUUGCAAAGACAAGCCUACAUUUUAUUUCAUUUUAAUUAACAUAAGCGUGAAUGCACAUCGCUUGACAGGUGGUAGUCACAAUCUAGUUAAAGUAUGGUUAAAGUCCCCGUGAACCGUAAGUUGCGAUCGUUUUAACUUCCGUAUUUUGACGUAUUUCCGAAUGAAAUAGAAUUUCUAAUAAGAAAAACAGUGGGCGUGGCUUUUGUCUCACUCUGCGAUUUGAUUGGAUGUAUAAAAACAGCCCUUGCCUUUUGAAAUGGAACUGGCAGCAGACUGACAGUUGAAGGGGAGGAGUUAACGGAUGCUCCGCCCAAGCCAUCUAACAUACGUCAUUUAAGAUGCAUAGUCAUUACAGGAAGGAAGUGCAUUUUCAGAUUUUAACUAAAGCUUAUGAGGGCACACACAUUUUUAAAAGAGAAUGACCCACAUUGAUAAACUAUUUACAAUAAACCUUACAAUAAAUAUUU